AUGGUGGUGGCGAUCGUAGCGAUGAACUUGGUGAACUUGGUACUACACAUCAUAUUUAUAAGCGCGGCUGAAUCAGCUAAACACGGUUAUGAAACUGCGACGCAGCAAGAAGAGGGAUCCUAUUGCGUGAUUCUGAGUCCCAAGAAAACUGACCCGAUUAGCAACCGGCGCUCGAAUACCACGACUGUGAGUGUGAAAUUGGCUACUGGCUGUGGAGUAGUGGGCCGUAACAGAGUUGGCAAGUUUGCGGUGGUGGAGAGGGCUGUAGAGGGAAUAUCGGUGACAGGAUUAUCAGAAACACAUUGGAAGUACGGUGGACAGUUUACAUCUCAAAACGGAAAUCUUAUACUGUGCUCAGGCAACGAAAUGAACUCGGCAAAUGGGGUCGGUUUUAUAAUAGAUAAAACAAUCAAAGGAGCGGUCCUAGGAUACGAGACAGUAAAUGAUCGUAUUAUCACUAUCAAAUUACAAGCACAACCAGUCAACUUAAAUAUCAUUCAAGUGUAUGCCCCAACAUCGGUAUCUUUCCAAGAUGAGAUAGAGAGCUUUUAUGGAACGCUCUCUGAUACCAUAUCUAGAACACCAAAUAGAGAACUGCUGAUUGUUACAGGCGACUUUAACGCUAAAAUCGGUUCAACGAAAUUUGAUGCACACCUGAGAUCAGUGAGAUGGAAGACAUCCAUAAGAGAUAUUAAAACCUAUCCAGGUCUAGAUUGUGGAAGCGACCACGCCUUGCUCGCGGAGCUGUGUUUGAAACUCUGUAAACCAAUACGGAUGCCCCGACAAAUGAACCGUUGGCAUCUUGGUUGCAACUCAGACUUUAAAAAGAUGUCGGAUACUCUAGACAAAAUAACACAGGAAGAAAUGGACCGUAUGAACGCCAAUGAAUUAUGGAUGGAAAUGAAGAAUGUGAUGGAUGCUGCUGCUUCCUCUGUUAACUCGCGAAAAAACGAUCAACCAAGGAAAUCGUGGAUAUCACAACAAACAUGGAAUCUAAUUAAAGAACGUCGCGAAGUCAAAGCAAAAGGAACCAAUGACAACCAGAACACGUUGAAAUAUAAUAACCUUACAAGGAAAAUAAAUAAGGCUAUGAGGAUGGACAAGGAUGCAUAUGUUGGAUCGAUAUGUCAGGAAAUUAAAAAACAUUCGAAGUCAAACCAACCAGGGGAUCUCUUCCGACAGAUUCGUACACUUUCGAAAGACUUCCGGCCCUGUUAUCUGCUCAUAAAGGACGACAAUGGAGGCAAGCUUACAACAAAACCAGAAAUUGUUGAAAGAUGGCGACGAUAUUGUCAGACCCUUAUGGCCUCUGACGAUUUCUCCGACGGAAAUGGCAGGAUAACAUUCAAAAACCCUGAAGACCAUGAACCUCUAAUAUUGAAAAGCGAGGUAGAAGCGGCUCUCAAAAAACUUAACAAUGAAAAAGCCGCUGGCUCAGACAAUAUUGUUGCUGAGAUGUUGAAAAACACUGGAGAGAAGGGGAUUCACAUACUUCAUCAAAUUUGCAACAAAGUAUGGAAAAAUGGCAAGUGGCCGGAAGAUAGGUGGAAUCCAUAUACAUACCACUACACAAGGAGGGACCCAAAGACGAAUAUCUCUCUGGAACAGUCGGGUUUUGCUCCAGGACGCGGCACUCGAGAUCAACUGAUGAAUGUGAGACAGAUGAUCGAAAACCUCUAUGAGUAUGAUGUGCCAGCAAUAUUCUGCUUCCUUGAUUACUCCAAGGCAUUCGACACCGUCCAGUGGGGUCGACUCUGGAAGAAGAAAUGCUCUGGUGUAUUCAGCGUGGGAAAGGGUGUGAGACAGGGCUGUGUCCUCUCACCACUCCUUUUCAAUAUCUAUGGAGAAUGGAUAAUCAGGAGAGCUACGAAAGACUGGAAUGGAAGAGUAUUCAUUGAAGGGAGAAAAAUCUUGAACCUGCGUUAUGCCGACGAUACAACCUUGCUAGCCAGCAGUGAACAAGAGAUGUUGGAGUUAUUACGACGCAUUGAAAAUGUGAGCUUGGAAGCCGGACUAAGGCUUAAUAGAUCUAAAUGUUGCUUAAUGGUGGUGGCUAAAGCCACAGUGUUUCCUCAACAUCUACAUUUGAUCCAAAGGAUCGGAAAAAAGGAUGACAUCAUCUACCUUAGGGCACGAAUAACAAACAAAAGAAGAUCCAAACCAGAAGUCAAACGUAGAAUCGGUAUGGCAAGGGAUACCAUAGCAAAACUAGUAAAGAUAUGGAAAAAUCACAGCAUUCGGAAGAAGACGAAGAAAAGACUGGUACAGGCCCUGAACUUCCCCAUCGCAACGGUAUUCGAAAAUAAAGUACUUCGAAAAAUCUUCGGCACAAAACGCGAUGAGGAAACGGGCGAAUGGAGAAAAUUACACAACGCGGAAUUGUAUCAAUUAUACAGUCCGGAUAUUAUUAACGAGGGUGAUCAAACCGCAUAUAGAAUACUAAUUGGUAAACCCAAUGGUAAAAGACCUUUGGGUAGACUAAGACGUAGGUGGGAAGAUAAUGUUAAAAUGGAUCUGAACGAGAUGGGGUACGAGGGUCGCGAAUGGAAGGAUCUUGCUCGGGAUCAGGAGUAUUGGCGGGAUUUGGUAUUUGCGGCAAUGAACUUUUGA